AUAGAUCAGUGUGUUCAGAAUGUUCAGAAACAUUCAAAACGAACUUCACGCGUGUUGUUGAUUCUUCUUCUACCUCUAUAUAGUGGUAAAAGGGGAAAGCGGGUAUUCGUAAUGUUCGAGCAGUUAUAACCACACUCCACUAAAUUAUUAUUUUAAUAUUUCAACAAUGCAUUAACAAUCUCAGCUAUUCUGACAGAAUUUUCUUUUUUUUCUAUCUUUCAGCUUUCCUGCAUCGUAAUCAUGGCCAACAUACCUCGAAUUGAAAUAUUGGAGAUCAUAGAUCUCGAUUCUGAUGAGGGUUCCUCAUCCACAACAAAGAAUAACAAACCUGCAAAAACAUGCAGUAAUUGUAUUAAUUUUAAAUGCUCAUCAGGCCUUGAUUUGAAGACCGCACCGUCCUUUGCCUGUGCAUACUACGGCAUUAACCUUGCAAAGAAGAGGAAACGUUUGAUAUGUCAAAAAUGCUUUGAUAAAGCCAUGGAACAUCAAGAAAAAUUGGCAACCGCUUUGCACAAUAAAACACCGAUACUAAAAUGUGAAUUUCCGGAUCACACAAUGGAAGUUGAAAUUUCAGAUAGCGAAGAGUCCGAUGAAGAAAAGAAAGAAAGCUUAGAUGCUCGUGGCGAUUACUUACCCGAGGAUUUCCUCCUGGACAUAGAACAAAAAAUUGAACCUGCAUUACAGAAUGUUUUAUCGAAGUAUGAUCUAGAUUAUCAAUUGAAGGCUGCUCACAAAAUAUUGGAGACCGAAUGGACUGCAAUCAAUGAUAAAAAUGCAGCUCUAGACGAGGAUAUAAUGUCGCUGACAAAACAAAUGGAUUCGUUGCGCAAGAGUUUGUACAGCACUUGCGUACCGGAGAUAAAAAUGCUGCAGGAACUUCAAAUCAGCGAUCCACCCAAAAUACCAAUUAUAACAGGAAAUAAUCCACCUAUAAAACGACAGACUCCUGGAUCGUCGAUAGCUGCGACUGAUUGCGACGUUACACCGCUUCAUGCAGUUAACCGAAGUUUAGGCUAUGAUCUUCCUCCACAGGGAACAUUCACAAAACAAAUGCCCGAAGUUGACUACAAGGUUUUCGUUAUGAAGCACCCUCUCAUGCCAUGGGUUAGAGGCAAAGUUCAACAGGUCGUUACGCGCUCGCCACUUCAAUGUCGUGUCAAAUUGUUCGGACGUCGUAACAACGGUGCUGUACGAACUGUCAUCGGUAAACAUAUGGCAAUCGGUGUACCAUGCACGGUCGUCAUUCCCGUUGCAACGAGGGUCGUUGCCGUCUUUCUCGAUGCCAAUUCUAGUGACUACUACAGUGGAGUUAUUGCUGAACCACCCAAAUCAACAAACAGAUAUAGAUAUCUCGUAUUUUUCGACGAUGGCUACGCGCAGUACGUUCUUCAUAAAUACAUCUGUAUCGUCUGCGAGAAUUCUCCACGUGUUUGGGAAGACAUUCCAGCGGAGUCUCGUGACUUCGUCAAAAAGUAUCUCGAGACAUAUCCGGAAAGACCGAUGGUGAAACUGUUGCCCGGGCAAGUCGUGAAGACCGAGUGGAAUGGAAAGUGGUGGAUCGCACGCGUCAUACAGGUUGAUGGUAGCCUGGUGCAAAUGCAUUUUGAUGCGGACGAUCGAACCGAAUGGAUUUAUCGAGGUUCAGCGAGGCUCGGUCCUCUUUAUCUUGAACUUUUGAAAGCGAACGCAAGACAACACGGUCAUCACGUUUCUUCAAAUACACCCAGUCGUCACCGACUUCCACUGCCUACGAGUAAAACCAACGCUCCCUACGUAGAAUAUACUUCGUUCAACCCCGAACUGGAGAGUGAACAGUCGAAUGACGCUUCGGUCGCCGAAUCGUCGAAAUCUGACACCUCAUUUACUGGAAAAUCUGCUGCCGCAAUUGCGACUUCAACGACGUCGAAUCCUACGACACCUGUGCCUCAACAAUCUCGAGCUGUUGCCAAAAAAAGAACGGCCCCGAAACAGAAUUCGACUGAAAUCGAUGUCCCCGUUGCAGGAGGGACACCGGCACCUGGAGUCGCGGAGAAACAACCAUCGCACAGUAUUGUCUAUUACCAAACACAGAACAAAAUUCAAACUCGUAAAUUCGUGAUACACAAAUGCGGGCCUCCCUGCGUCAAGGAUAUAACAUUCACACCGGACGACCUUAAGGGAUAUUCACCACUCUCGAUACCGCUUCUUUGUGGAUGGAAUCGACAAUUAUGUAAAUUUCCAAAAGGAAAAAAAGUUACAUUGUAUCAAGCACCGUGCGGAGUUCGUCUCCGUAACAUGGAAGAAUUGCAUACAUAUCUUCGAAAAACAGGGAGUCCAAUGUCCGUUGAUCUCUUCGAUUUUGACUACUGGGUACACUGCUUGGCCGAAUUUGUUCUCGACAAGUGUUUCGUCAAUAUUAAAGAUCUUAGUUAUGGAGUCGAAAAUGUAGCAAUUCCGUGUGUCAAUGAGAUUGAUCAUGCUUUGCCAGACACUAUAAGAUACAGCACACAGAGAGAACCAACGGAAGGUGUAGACAUUAAUUUGGACCCGGAAUUUUUGUGCAGUUGCGACUGCACUGACGAUUGUCAGGAUAAAACCAAAUGCCAGUGUUGGCAGUUGACGAUCCAAGGUGCAACACUCGGUGGCCAAGUACUGAACAACGAAGUUGGUUACGUAUACAAAAGGCUGCCCGAACCUGUCACAACGGGAAUUUACGAAUGUAAUUCAAGAUGCAAGUGUUCCGUGAAAACGUGUCUCAAUAGGGUGGUUCAACAUCCACUGACGCUGAAACUUCAAGUUUUUAAAACAGCCCAACGAGGCUGGGGAAUUCGUUGCCUCAAUGAUAUUCCUCUAGGAUCAUUUGUUUGCAUUUAUGCUGGCAGACUUCUCACUGAACAGGGCGCGAACGAAGGAGGUAAAAACUACGGUGACGAAUAUCUCGCUGAGCUUGAUUAUGUCGAAGUUGUAGAAGGUAUAAAAGAAGGUUACGAGAACGAUGUUUUGGACCCAGAAGGUCUGAUGCGAGAACAAUCCCCACAAUUGGGUCAGUCCACCGUUAGUCACAGCGAUGACGAGGGUUCGAGCAAAAAACCUGGCGGUGAAUUCGACGAGGAUUUUAAUAUCAAACUUACGAAGGGUUUAAACGAGAUUGAGUUGGAUUCGGACCGAACUCCCAUAAGACGGAGGCUGAGAAAACGGAAAAAGAGUGAAGACAACAGCGGAUUAGAUGGUUCAGAAGAUCGUAGCGAGGAUGGGAGUGUUUCAAAAGGCUCAGAAUCCUCGAUCGCUAGGACCACCGGACAAGACGCUCAGGAGAUAUUGCUGAGUGACGAUGAGGAUACAAACACGACAGGUCGACGAGAACCUAGUAGAUUCGAGCCAAAUUUCGAGCCUGCCGAAGUAACGAGGCCGACACUGAAAUCAGUCCGUAAAUUUUUCGGAGAGCAUGAAGCUCCGUACAUAAUGGAUGCGAAAACGACGGGAAACAUAGGACGUUACUUAAACCAUUCCUGUGAUCCAAACGUGUUCGUACAAAACGUGUUUGUCGACACUCACGACGUCAGAUUUCCAUGGGUUGCAUUCUUUGCUCUGAACUACAUAAGAGCUGGCCAGGAAUUAACGUGGAAUUACAGCUACGACGUUGGAAGUAUACCGGGAAAAGUGAUGCUUUGUAAAUGUGGUGCAUCUAAUUGUCGUGGACGUUUGUUAUAAUUUGUACAUAUAACAUCGAUCUUUUUUCCGAACAACAGCAAUGUUGUGAAACUGCAGCAGAUGAUUUGAGAAGAAAAACAAUUGUUCAUAAGUGUUAUAUAGCUUGGCGUAUCGGAAAAAAAUGUCAUUCGUAUCAUCAUGUAAUCACAAGUCACUAACGACGAUAGCGAUUAACCCUUUUUCAUACAAAUAAAUGUGGAUAAAAAUUUAAUAAAGGAGAAAAUGAAGGGCUUAAA